UCGUCUGAGUGGAGCAGCUAGCGCGCAUAGAGCGUCUAGAUUAGGUCACGUGACUCAGUGCGCAUGCGCAGAGCUGCUGGCGGCGGUUGUCUGAGUGAUUUGAGUUUUGUGUUGAAUGUUUAGUAGACGUGUAUGUACAGAUUCUUCUGAUCACCUUUACUUUAAUUUACUCUCACUUUCGCUUUCUGUUCGUGAUCUGCACUGGAUUCAUAUGAGUGCUAUGAGUCCAGCGUGUGAGGAUGGCGUCUCCUGAGUCGAGCGUGACGUCGCUGCUGGCCUCUUCAGGACCCCUGCAGAGCUCCUUACACCCGGAGCCCGUCCCCUUCAUCAAAUACAGAGACAGACACUACAUCUCUGCGUCUGAGGCGCUGGACGCUUACAUCACUGACUUCCAGAGGAGUCUACGAGACGCUGAGACCACGACCGGGAAACUAGAGCUGCCCAAAGAGAGGACAAAACCUCUGCUGAAGACGAGUUUGACGGAUGAAGAGCUGGUCUUCCUGAACAUUCCCGUCCGGAACAGAGACUCGGACCGGCUCAGUAUGACCACUGAUGACCUCCUGGCUCUCCCGAAUGAUGGCUCUCUCCCCGUGACCCGCACCUCGGCCCUCCUCUCCCGCUCUGGGAGCUUUCCGAUGGGAUUGAGCUUCAACUCUAGUUCCCGGUUCAAUAUGUCCCAUAAACACUCCCUACAGCGUCCAGUUACAGCAGUGAGCAGGAAAUCCCGUCCUGUGGAUGAUUUACUGACGGACAGAUUGCGGUCACACUGUCAAGCUCCUCCCCCUGACAUCCCGCCAGCCAAUCGGACGCUUCCACCCAGAUCCAGGCAUCUCCCGCGCUGGAUGACCUGCCAGAAAUCUGAAAUGGAUUUUUCCGGCAUGUCCAGCGUUCCUGAGCUGAAGUAUCCGGAGUGGCUGAGACAGUGUGAAGGAUCCUCAGACGGCCAGCAGAGCGACCGUCCUCUUCCUCACAGAGUCCCUUCAUGGGUUGGAGAACUGGAAGAGUCCAGUGGAGACACUGGAGGUCAGCGAGGGGUCAAAGGUCAUGCAGGAGAACCGUAUGGAUCCCAGUCCAUCAGUCAGAGCAGUCUGAGAGACCUGCGUUUACAGUUUGAGCAGAAACCCCAGGCAGCAAAGAGACGACCGAUUCAUGAAGGACCGCUUUUCAAAGAUGAUAAGACUGCUCCUCUGAUCUUCAGAGCCGAGCAGAUGUUAAACUCUCCUUCCUUCUCUCUCUGUGAGCCGCUGAAGGAGCUCAACACUUCAGGAGACACGGAGGACGCUCUGGACGCGGACCGAUCCUGGGACAAUCCACCCGUGACCUUUAAACCUCCAGUGCCAGUGGGUGGCGCUGAUGAACCUCCAGCGCCUGAGGAGCUUCAGAGGAGCAAGUCUGCAGCUUCCUGUUCGUCAGGAUACAGCAGCAGAAAGCAUCCUGGUCCGGUGGAGGCGCUCAAACACAUGCUGUUCCGCCUGCAGGCCGUCGAGCACAAGAUCAGCCAAUCACACGCCUCCAGCGACGCCAAAACCACUGCGUCUUCAGCUGCACAUCUGGAGAGAGACACGCCGGAGCCGGUUCCUGAGCAGCAAACAGAAGAAACUGACCUGGGAAAUGUGGAGUCAUUACAGAGAGCUCUUCAUCACCUGGACAGACUGAAAACACUUGUGGACGACAUGAACGAGAGGAAGGCCAGCGCAGAGCAUGAUGGGACAGAUUGUACAGACACUCUUGUAGCUAAUAUCACAGACUGGGCCAGAAUCAAUAAACACUUGUGAAUCAGAAA